UUAAUUGCAAGAUGAUGAAAUAAGAUAAAGCAAAGUAAAACAAAGCAGAAUCAAAAAGAAAAAGGGAAGUUAGAAAAUGUGUGCCCAUUCCCCUAUAAAAGGGGAUCACUGUGGAUACUAAACAACCAUCUCUUUCUUCAUUCCUCAUCUGAUCUCUCUGUUCAUAAGAAGACUUUGGAAAAAGAGAAUGAAUAGCUAUCCUGCAGAGAGUUUUGACGCAGGCAGUUACGAUGCCGGCAAAUACACAGACUUUCUGAACAAAUUACGUGGGACGUUGAAAAGUAGUGUUGUUAGCCAUUCGAUACCAGUGUUGCCUACCAAAUUGCCUGUCACCAGUGACAAAAGGUUUGCUAUGGUGAUACUCACAAGCUCAAAAUCCACCACAACAAUAGCAUUGGAUGUCAUCAACGCAUAUGUUCUUGGUUUUCAAGUUGGAAAAAAAUCCUACUUCUUUAAAGAUGUUGCUAAAGAUAUAUAUGAAUCUAAACUUUUCACUGGUACAACGAAAGCCAGACUUCCAUACGGGGGCAGCUACCAAGCUCUGUUCAUUGCCGGAGCAAAUAGAGAGAAAGUGCCACUGGGAAUUUCACAGUUAAACAAUGCCAUCUUUCAACUUAUUAAGUAUGCUUCCUCUCCUUCAACUGCCGAUAUCGCCUCUAAUCUUCUAGUUGUCAUUCAAAUGAUUUCAGAAGCUGCACGAUUUAAAUAUAUAGAGAAAAAAUUAGUUGAAAAAUUUAAUGAAGACCUUUAUCCUAAAGGUGACUUACUCAGCCUUGAGAACAACUGGGGUGCCCUUUCCAUUGCCAUUCAGACAUCUAAAAACGGAAAAUUUUCUACCAAAAUAGCACUGCAAGAUGAAAAUUAUAAAACCUAUUAUGUAUCCACGGUUGCAGAAGUACAACCUAAGAUGGGACUCUUGCUAGCCAAGGAAUCAAUUCGUGGAGAAACAAUGUUUUGGCCAGACAAUGAAGACCUCAUCAUGCUGUUGUCAAUGUUGGAUUAAUUGCUUGUGUUGUAUAAAACUUGCAGAUAGCUGGUUAGCAGCAUAUCAAAAAAGGGAUGAAAUUAUAGUUGUCCAAAUAGUAACUGCAUAAUAUUCAUCUAGUUUCUGUAUUGUCGUAUUUGCUAAAUAUUUCCGAAUGUAUGAUAAAUAAAGAGCAAUGUAACUCAAUAAAGUGAUGAAUAAAAACCACUCUUUAUAAGUUUGAUAAA